CUAAUUCGUUUUGCCAGAAAAUGACGUAUCAGAAGUUCGGGUCAUUCGUCCCCAUCUUCGUUGCUUACCCUAGUUUUUUUGAAAACUAAUUUAUUUUAGUGAAUUGUUUGACAAAUUCAGAUUUAUUUUGAUGUAAUUGAAUUAUCAUUCAUUUGUAUCGUGGACCUCAUUAUUAUCUAUUUUGUGAAGUAUGUCGUCGAGUGAGACGGUGUUAUCCCAAGAAAUUGUAGAAGAUUACAAUGAUUCGGACAAUACAGAUGAUUUGGAAAAAACAUUGGUAAUAGCAGCCCAAGAAUCAGAUGCUAGAAGUAAUGAAUAUCACAUUGAUAGUACGAGUUAUCAAAAUGAAGUUGAAAAUGAAGCAGUCAGUGAACAACCCCAUUAUGAAGAAUCACAUGAGAAACGCUCAUCAUUAAAAAGAAAACGAGAACAUGAACCUGAACCAGGGAAACAUAUUAAAACCAAUGAUGGAGAAGCUAUUAAAACAGGCGAAGGUUAUGCAAAGGUUGUGGCUACUCACUAUAACUUACUAGAAGAAAAAGGGCUAGAUGAAAGAUCAAAGUCACGCAUCGUGUACAUGAGGAACUUUCACAACUGGAUCAAAAGUAUGUUGAUUAAUGAAUAUUUAACGAAAAUAAAGGAUGGCAAGAAACAUAAUGCUCCAGUACGUGUGUUAGAUAUGUGUUGCGGAAAAGGAGGCGAUCUUUUGAAAUGGCGGAAAGGAAACAUUACACAUUUAAUUUGUAGUGAUAUAGCUUCUGUUUCUCUUGACCAAUGUAAGUCGCGUUAUAACGAUAUGAAAGGACGGAACAGCAGGGAUAGAAACUCAGGCAACAUUUACACUAUUGAGUACAUUGCUGGCGAUUGUUCAAGAGUGAGAUUACGCGAAAAGUACAGUGAUCCAUCAAUGAAGUUGGAUUUAGUUAGUUGCCAGUUUGCCUUUCAUUAUAGCUUUGAGAGUUUAUCCCAGGCGGAAUGUAUGAUACGUAAUGCCUCAGAAUGCCUUCAGCCCGGAGGUUUCUUUAUUGGAACUAUACCAGAUGCAAAUGAUCUCAUUGCAAGAGCUCGACGCGAAAAUUCAAAUUCUUUUGGGAAUGAUGUAUAUCAAGUGAAGUUUGACUGUGAUGUAAAUAAGCCUCCGCUAUUUGGUGCUAAAUAUAACUUUCACCUGGAUGGUGUAGUAGAUUGCCCAGAAUUUUUGGUUCAUUUUCCUACAUUAAUAAAGCUGGGUAGGAAAUAUGGUCUUAAAUUUGUGAAAAAAGAAAAGUUUUAUGAUUACUAUGAACAAAUGAAAAAUGAAGGACGGCAGUUACUCAGUAAUAUGAAAAGUUUGGAGACGUUUCCUCCUAGUGAAAACGCUUCCCUUGUUGGAACAGCAGCUGAUGAUUAUCUACAUGCAGACACAUUUUUACAAAAUGAAGGAAAAAGCAACAUAAAAAUUGGGACUUUGUCAAAGUCAGAAUGGGAAGCUUCUUCUCUCUAUAUGUUAUUCGUUUUUGAAAAAGUGAAGAAUACAUGGAACACAGAUGGUACACCUAUUUAUGACAUUUAGUUGGAGGCACACCUGUGGCACAUGAUAUCUGUAGUAAUAAUACGUCGUUUUUAAAAUAGUACAAGAAAUGUAUUUUAUAAGGUGCAAUCUACAAGGCAAGUUCACAAUAAACACAGCAAAUUUA